AUGGCGAUCGUGGCAACCCGGAUUAAGCUGGAGCUCAAUGCUCUUACCGAGCCUAAGCCCUUGAGCCAAUCCAAGGCAGCUCGGUACCUGCAAAUGUUCAGCCUCUCUGAGCUGACUUGUGAAUUCUCUCUUGCUCUUGAUGCCACAACCAGAGCAAUUCACCAUGCGGAACUGGAGAUUUGUGAGCCCAAAGCACUGGCUAGAGCCAUUGAACGAUACACAGGGGGUACCAUGGACAUUGAUUCACUGCCCAAAGCUUCGAGAAACUCAUGUUUGGCCUUCCUGGCUCGUGAGGUCGCCAAUGAACACGGCUGGCUUGAGGGAUGGAAAUGUCUGGCGGAGGCUUGUCCUAACAGUGGAAUUCAUCACAAUCUUCUUGAAGACGUAUCCCUCGGAGUCGACGUAUACAACCAAAUCAAGGUCACAGAAGACACCCGUCCCCGGGCUGAUUUGGAGUUCUCAGUUGUUUCCUCCCCGGGUAAAGACAGUCUUGGCGAAUGUGGUCUUAAGACCCUUGGAGGCAGCUCCUGGAAAAAUGACUCUUUGUACAAGGAAUGUGUGGCCAAAUGGAUGACACCAAAGGAUCUUGUCAUGGGGCCGUGUCCUCUUUAUGGCUGGAUGUCGCAAUGCAAGAAGGUUCAAGCUAUUGAUGAUGACGAAACAGCCUACUAUUUCUGGACCUCUCAACUUCUGGGUAUUGUGGACUACGAUCUUGACAAGAACGACAGUAUCAUCCCAGGAGGAAUCAUGAACGCAAUCAACAGAACUGCCGAGUUCUCAACAAAGGUCACAGGAAGGAUGCGAGGCCACGGAUGGACCGGAUUAUUGACUCUGGACCAGCAGCUUUUUACGCGCCACAUGCAAACUGAAUGGGCACGAGAAGGAAAGGGAAAGCCAAGUCGUUCUCUUGGGCCUGAUGGAAUCUCACCUCGGGACUUUGCCAUCGCAGUCUACGCAGACUGCGCAGCCCUUGGCCCUUUUGCUUGCCAGAGAGCAUCGACCCUUGUGCAGAGUCGAAUGACCAUGUUUGCCGCUGUUGUGUUUGCAAGCUUGCAUGAUCUUGUUUUUGACAUUGGAUACUCCAGCAGAAUCUCAGGUGUGGCUUACGCUGAGCCAACUGGAGUUUUUGACCAUGAUCUUCCCCAAGCUUGGAUGGUUGGAAUGAUGGAUGGGCUCGCCACUAACAUACUUCUUGAUGAACCCAGUCAGACAUCUCUUUAUGGAGACAAUGCCCUUUGCGCCACCGCUCAGUGGUGCCUCUUCAAUGUUCGAUACAGAGCAUGGGAUCGCUUUGUCAAGUAUGUCAGACUACUUCGCCGGAACGAUUCUGACGAGGCAGCUGCCGUCCUUCGUAGAGCGGAGGAUGGCAUGGUGCUUUUGCCUAAAGAUGUGUCUCAGGAUCUUGGGCCUGCUUGGGAAAUGGUUGUCAACCCGGCCACCGCCUCCAAGCUAGUUCCCAGGAAAAACUUCACUCAAAGCUAUAUUCUCAACCUGGAGACUGAUGACUUAGUCCCUCCUGAGAUUUGUGCUCAAUGCACUGCUCCUUUCCGUGAGGCUUUUGAUCGCAAAAACGACGAGGUUUAUGCUGUCCACGGCUUGCCCGAGAGUGUGACCCACUCUCGUCCUGUUGCUAUUGCAGUUGCCAUCCGCCGUGUUGCCCUGUGGGCCAUCUCUUCAGAAUGUUGUGAUGGUUGCGCUUGUAUCCUUGCAGAUUGGGCCAAUACCAUCGGAGAUAAAGUGCUAGUUGCUUUGAUGAAGAGCGAGCUGGAUGUCUCCAACCAAGACUGGCUACUCCAGAACUACUUCGCUGGUUGCGUUGCCUUCUCGCCUUUGCGCCUUGUCUCAAUCACAACCGGAUUUGACCUGAUAGCUAAGGUGAGUUACGAGUCGGAGGCAAUGGGUGAGAGAGACAAUAUCUCAGGAUGA